AUGGGCCAACUCGACAACGUCGCUCACCCCGCCGUCGCGCGCUCGGUCAACCUCUGGCACGAGAUGGUCGCUGCCAAGGACCUGUCGCGUCUCCCGUCCAUCGUCCACCCGGACGCCGUCUUCAGGUCUCCCGUGGCCGUCACUGCCUACAACUCGCGCGCCGCCGUCAUCCUCGCCCUCAACACUGUGCUCACCGUGUUUGAGGACUUUGUCUACUACCGCGAGCUGGUGACGCCCGACGGACUCAACGUCGUGCUCGAGUUUAGCGCCGUCGUGUCUGGCAAGAGGCUCAAGGGCAUCGACCUCAUCAAGUUUAACGAGCAAGGUCAAAUCGUCGAGUUUGAGGUCAUGGUUCGUCCUCUGAGCGGGCUGCAGGCGCUUGCGCAGGCCAUGGGUGCCAAGAUUGGCGACAAGCUGCCGGCGUUCAAGGACAAGGCCAAGCUCUAA